AUGUCCCUACCCAAGAACUACAGACCAAUUGCCCUAUUAGAAACCCUGUCUAAGCUCUUGGAGAAAGUCAUUACCACCCGACUCACUUUUGAGGCUGGUAAACACACUCUCAUCCCUCAUAGCCAAUUUGGAGGGAGGGAUAUCACAUCUUGCACCGAUGCAGGGAUCUGCAUGAUCCAUGACAUCAAAACUCACUGGAAGUCAAAUCACAGGGUCUCACUCAUCACCCUUGACGUCUCUGGAUACUUUAACAAUGUGGACCACAGCAGACUUAUAUACACCUUAGACCGCAUGGGAUACUCCAACCAGAUUUGCAAUUGGCUCAAGUCAUAUCUCAGCCACAGAACUGCGCAGUUCAGGGUUGACGGGCACCUCUGCCCUCCCAUUGCACUUCCCCUUCUUCACCUUACCCUGAAUGGCAAGAACUCCACCAUACUGCCUCAAGGAUGUAUCCGUUGGCUAGGAUUCUUCUUAGAUAGGAAGCUCUUGUUCAAAGAGCACAUCCUGAAUUCCGCUAACAAAGCCAAAGCUGUCAUAGCCGGACUCAGAAUGCUAGCCAACACACAGCGUGGACACCAUCAAACACGCACGCAUCCUAUACAUCACCUGCGUCAUCCCCAUCCUCACAUAUGGAUCCCUCUGUGGUUUCUGGGGCGUAGACAGAAGUCGUUGCUUGAACCGCUUAGGAAGGUCCAGAACCAAGGAUUGAGAUGGCUUCUUGGAGCCUUCAAAACCACUCCCAUCCCCUGUCUUGAACACCUAGCCUCCAUCCCACCCCUGCACAUCACGUGCAAGAAGCUCAUCAUGAAUUACGCAACCAAGCUCAGAACCAUCCCCAAGUUGUCCCAAGUUGCUAAACGUCUCCCUGAAUCAUGGGACACGCAUACACCCACUCUCAACAGCAACAGGAACACAAGACCAAGAACUUGGAAUCCCCCAUCCAUUUCAUUGCAUCACAUAGCCACCCACAUCGAGUUUGUCACGCCGCACAUCAACCACCCAUCCAAUCCGUCCAUUCCAUUCCCUGAUCAAAUCAAAAUCAAGGACACCACCGACGGCCUUAAACGUGACGAAUACCGCAACAAAAUCCUAUCCGAAAUCAGCGUGCUGGAAGAAUGUCAUGCCAGCGUUCUUGGCUACUCAGAUGGGCACGCGGCGGUGUCCAAUGGCAUUCGGAAAGUCGGCGUCGGCUACGUGAUACGUGCCGGAAAAAGGACUUUGUCUUCGUCGUCAAUCGGAAUUGGACCGCGAGCCAACAUAUACGAUGCAGAAAUGCUGGGAAUUCUAUUAGCGUUCAUGAAAGCUAAACAAAUAGCCGAAAACCAAGGUUACCGCAAAAUACGCAUCUAUUGCGACAACCAGUCCGCUGUUAAAUCAAUCGCCGACCUCUCGCGACAUCCGUGCCAAUACGCGUCCAGAAUAUUCGUCCCCGCCGCCAAGGCAUUUGUGGAGGGACACCCAGAACGAUCCAUACACAUCACAUGGACGCCCGGACACAACGGAGUCGAAGGCAACGAAAGAGCGGAUCGUUUGGCUAACGAAGGAGCUAGAGUGGCCCCGACCCCCUUAUUCAAUCGCACCAUCACAUGGGCGAAAGAACAGGCAACACGCAAAACCGUACGUUCAUGGAAGAAAGCAUGGUACGAGCAUUCAGAAACAAGAAUAAACUCGAAAUACUACAUCCCCCGCCCACCCGCGCUCAAAUUACAUCCCAUAUUUAACUCAAGCAAAUUGGGCAGGGACAUCGAGUGCCGCCUCGUACAAUACCUCACCGGGCACGGCCAUUAUGGCGAGUACCACGCACAAUUCCAUCACGACGUAGAUCCCAGGGGGAUACUUAGUGAGUUUUCCACCAACAUUAACGAUCCCACACUGUUUGGCUCCCUCGCAGGUCUCGAAGCAGUCGCAAAGUUCAUUGCCAAGACGGGCAUAGGCCGAAGACGAGGAGGCCCGCAGGCAGCCGCUCAAACCAUCACACCCGGUUUUGGCGAGUACUUUAUAAAUAAACUAAUAGAACUCAAGGCUUAUGAAAAGACUAAGUCAGAUACCUACCUGGAGGAAAUGACCGGCUUGAUUAGUAUCGCAUUUGCAUCUAAUCCUCUAACCCUUCCUGCUCUGGGGGUAGAGUAUGAGAAUAACCCUGAACUUCACAAUGACUUUAAUAGAGCCCAGCUCUAUGCGGCCCUGACAGGUGCUGGACGUGUACUGGGAGCAUUUGUUAACACGGAUGGUCAUGAACGUUUGGCAGGAGUGUCUAUUUGGUACGAGCCUGGGAAUCAAUUCCUUGAUGAUCGCGAGGGCCUUGGUGAUGGAGCUAAGAAAAACCUGCUUCAUCUUCAAGUGAUCGGCACUCACCCUGAAUUCCAAAAAGGCAUUGGCAAGGCCAUGGUCAAGCAUAUGUUAGCACAAAGCGACUCUCGAGGAAUCGCUUCGUGCGUUGAGACUUCAAAAGAAUCAAACUUGUUAUUUUAUACAGGGUUGGGCUAUGAGGUCAAGGCUAAUAGAACAAUACCAUCUCCAUAUGGGGAUCUCACCAUGCGGUGUCUCUAUAGGGAUCCCAGUUGCGACAAGUGUGAAGGAGCUUGA